CCUCACUGCUGUGGGGGGUCACCGGCAGGCCAUGGCUGUUGAUGGGGUCAGAGGCUAGUGGGUCCAGCGGUCACAUCGGCAGUAGGGGCAGCCCACGGGGCCAUGCUGUGCCUCAUGCGUGACAAGCGUGCGGGUGUGGUUGCUUGGUAACCACAGGGAGCAGCUACCGUUCUCCCAACAUCCGCUGAGCCCCGAUGAGUGAGGCGGGUCUCCGGCCCCCUCUGCUGCUCCUCCUGCCACUGGUGGCUGCCACCGCCUCCCUCGCUGGGCGGCACGGCAACGCCUGCCCGGCCCCAUGCCAGUGCCACCGGGGGCUGCUCAACUGCAGCAGGGCCGCCCUGCCCGCCGGGCUCCACCGGCUACUACCGCCUGGGCCCGCCGCCCGCAACCAGACCUUCUUCUUCCUAGACUUCAGUGGGAACUCUAUUUCUUCCAUUGAAAAAAGAGUAUGGAAGGGAUACCCUUGGGCUGAGUAUUUAAUUCUCAAGGACAAUGACUUAAGCAAACUGCAGGAAGAUUCACUCGAGGGCUUGCUGUCACUAAAGCACCUGGAUUUAUCCUGCAACAAAAUCCUGUUUAUUGAGAAACAUGCAUUUGAGCCUCUACCUUUUUUGCAGUAUAUAAACCUUGGCGGUAAUCUCAUUACAGAGCUUCGUUAUGGGACAUUCCAGGCCUGGCAUGGGAUGCAGUUUUUGCAGAAGUUGGUCCUAAGCCAUAAUCCAUUGUCAAUCAUUGCUGACACGUCAUUAUUUGAAUUGCCCUCACUGAAAUAUCUGGACCUAGGUGCCACACAAGUGACUCAAAAGACAUUUCAGACUCUUCUCAUGACAUCACUCCGGUUAGAAACACUAAUACUGCCCAGCAGCAUGGCUUGCUGCCUCUGCCAGAUGAAAGAGAAUAUUGAAAUUCUGUGUAAGACAAUCAAGUUACACUGUGAACAUUUGUGUGCCACCAACUCCUCCCUGUGCGUUCCUGAAGAACCUUUAGAAAAGAUGCAAGAGGAAUUAAUGAAAGUGUUACAGUCCCGGAAACUGAAUGCCAGCAUCGUGUUAAAUCUUGAGCCUGAGGAACCUUUACUCACCAACAGUGAUACUGAAAUCAUGAUGCUUGCAGAUAGCCAGUAUCACCCUAAGAGUGAUAUGGAUCUUAAUAAGUCAGUAGAUCUUCUUCCUGGAGUAAAUUACCUUUUCUUCAAACACCUGACCAAGAAGGGAGAAAUAAACAAUGUAGGACUGACAGUCUUGCCAUUUUUUAAACUGUUUAAUUUUAAUUUACACAAAGGAAAAGUUAUCCCAGGCCUUUUCAAACUUCCUGCUGCUCAGUCCAAUAUGCUGACAUUGACUGACUUUCAGCAUGUGGACUGGGCCAAUGAAAGUGAAUUGAGGAAACUCUAUAUUUUGGCAAACUUGCUAGCAACAGAGCUCCAAGAAAAAUUAUACAAUGCUGAAAAUGGCAAUGGUUCAAACAAGAUCAAAUCUGUGCUCAAGUCAUUCCUGACAACUCCUGCCACGCACAAAAGCCAAGCACACAGAACUGAGUGGCAAAUUCCAGCAAUGCCUGGACAUCUGAGAGAACAUUUGAAAGCUGGAGGGAUUUGUAGGGAACUUGCAGAGCAGUGCGACAAGGUUUUAUCCAGAAACACGCAUGGAAGGAAGAAAACUCCAGAGAGAACAAAGGAAUGUGUGGAUUAUAUGAUGAAAUGUACAAGGGAAGGGAAGGAAAAACAAUCAAAAAAGAUGAAAAGAGAGACCCUGCAAGCUAAAGAAGAGAGAAGCAAAGGAACAAUUUGCUGUUCUGGCAGAAAAAGAAGAGAAACUAAGAAGGCAUUUAAGAGUCAGAUGCAAAAGCAAAGUGACUUAAAUUUGCACCAUGUGGCACAAAGCAGGAAGAAAGUGGCUAGGAGUUUAAAUCCCUCUAGCACAGUUUCUGUCUUCAGACAUCACAAAAUAUCCAUUCCCUCCUCCCGGAGACGUUCCCUUCCACACUUGCCCACACAGGCCUCUCACUUGACUGUCUCAUUUAAGGUUGAAAACAAUUCUGAUGACUUAACAGGUAAAAUCAUUAUUUUCUUGGAACAUGCCAAUAAAACUGGUAGGAAGAAAGAUCUGGACACUCUAAAGGCAAAGCAUGCACCCCUUAGAGAACCUAAAAAAGUUCUUAUUUUCAGAAAACAUGGCCAGAAAGGGAGCCCACAUUUCAGUAGAAAUAAUCAUCUUUUCCAGAAGGCAUUUCAUCGAGUGAAUUCAGAUGUAAGCCACAUGCUAGUGGAAAGAAAACAAAAGCACAGGAUGAAUAGUAAAGAAGGUGUAAUCAAUAGGUUAUCACAUAGAAAGAGUUCUGCUUUGACUGAUGCUGUCUUGGAGAACCCAUCUGAAAACAAUGACUCUUCGCUGGAUGAUAUCUUACCCAGCAUACACCAAGCCAAUGAAACACACUGGAAGCAUCAAAAAGAGAGCUCUGGUUUUCCAUAUGCACUUAGUGGUUCAUCAUCCCCGGAUAAUUACUCUGUUCAAGGAGACCUGUUUGAAGCUGAGCUGAAUAAUCGAUUGCGCUCCCUCAUCCCAAACCAAGCUGUGAGAAACCUUAUCUCCCAUGUGAUCCGAACCCUGAAAAUGGACUGCACUGAGCCCAGGGUGCAGCUGGCCUGUGCAAAGCUCAUCUCCAAGACAGGCCUGCUCAUGAAACUGUUCAGCGAGAGAGAAGAUAUCAAAGAAACCUCCUCUUUGUGGCGAACGUACCUCUGGGAAAACGGGAACGCGCCCAACGAGAGCACCCACCAGAGGAAAGCCAGCAAGAAAGAUUCAGAGGAGUUAUCCCCAGAGCCUCCCCAAUACAGCUACGGCAACAAGCUGCUGCUGGCGAUAUCGGUGACGGUGGUAAUAAUGAUUAUUAUUGCAGUGAUUUGUCUCAUCGAGCAGAUUUGUUCCCAAAGAUCUGCAGCAUCUUCUCAAUCAACACAUGAUAACAAACCACAGUCAAAAUGGGCCUUUCAGAAACUCUCCCAAGAGAGAAAUAGCAAAAUCUCUUCUGAAGCGAUUCAUCCGCUCCCUGGUGUAUCAGAGUCUUCAAGUAUGGAGAAACCGCUUUGGCUUAGAGACAUGUAUCUCCCACUGGAUUCUAUACGUAAAAAAUCCAUGGCCCAGAAGUUAUAUGACAGAGAGUCCUCGGAUGAGGAAGAAAUUUUCAACAGGGCUGAUGUAAGAAGACAAUAUGAGUGGUCGUCCAGCAAAGAAAGCUACUAACUUGUAUUUUUGUGAAUACUACUGUCUAUCAAGAGUACUGUAUAAAGUUAUAAUGUUGCUCUAUGUUACAUAGAUAAAACGGGAAGCCAUCCCUUCUGUCACCUUCAGAACUGAUGAUUAAAAUGCAUCCUUGUUCCCAGAA